UCAAAUUGCAAUAAGAACAACUUAUUGAUGAUGUAUUUGUGCCAACAUCGACUGAUAUUUGGAAUUGUUUAUGAUUCCGCUUUUGAACGAUGCAGAGGCGGGUGGUCUUUCAAUGGUGCAAAAUACACUAUGGAGAAUAGAACGGGACCAGGAAGUGGAGUGGACAUGACAUUUGCCAGUUAAACAUGCAUGGACAAUGUUGGAAUUCAUACUGUAUGUCCUCCUGCCUUAAGAUGAACAGAGUACUGCUAUGGUCCAGGGUCUCCGCAACUUCAAAGCGCAGCUCCGUUCACAUUAUGGACCUAAUGGGACACACAAGCCGUCGCCUCCUGGGGGUCGCGAAGGGUUGAGUCUCAGGGGAAGCACAGAUCCUCCCCUGCGCAGGUCAGCCCACCUCAGGCUUGUUAAAAAUACUCAGCAUGACAUUGGUUUUUAAUGUCACCUGCGCCCAUUGUUCACUGCACACGCGUGUGCUUCCCCAUCCUUGUUCACACGAGGGCUUGAUAAAACUUGCCUCAGUAGACUUUGUAAAAAUUGUGAUUUAACAUGCCAGUGUGCAAAUUGUUUGCUGUUUCUGGUUGACCCCUUGCAAACCUUUGCAAUGCAUUAUGGGAUUGUUUUUCCUUGGGUCUUCCUCGUUGUCCAAUCUAUAUUGCCCACCAGUAAAUUUCAGAUCACGUUUUGUUGGACACAACAUGGACAAAGGCCCAUCCGUAUGUUGAAAAGUGAAAUGUAUGAAUCGAGUAUUUUCAGCUCUUAGGCGUUUUUCUCAGGUAAGCAAAUUAAUGACUAAUUAAGCCACACAUGUAAAAUUAAUGAAGCGUUCCUUUUUAUUUUUUUACUGGUGAGUGUAAUAGGUCGGAUAAAUGGGGAAAGUUUUGAAACUAUCCAUCUAGGUGUCAUUUUUAACAACCUGGUACAGUAUUUGAAGAAUUGUGUGUAGACUUGUUUAUACCCAAUGUAGAUGGAUCGUCACGUUUGUCAAACACGCUUCAACGACAAAAUGAAACAGUUAGUGGCAACAACAGUAAGCGAGUAAGCGAGGGGCAGGAGGUAGAAAGAAGGGAGCGAGUGAGGAGGGAGGAGGAAGAGGAGCGAGAAAGCGUCUUCCUCUCCCCGGUGCUUGACAGUCCACACUCUCCAAGGAAGCCGUGAUGGAGACACGAUGACACGGAGCGGGCUGGCUCGCCGAACCGUGGCUGGAGUGCCCUUAACAGGCGCCGGCUUUCUUUCCGGGGACAUUUUUACCAACGACAAAUGUGAAAGAGGGGAGUGUUAUGAUAAGGAAAAUAGUCGACAGUUGUGGAGAAUUAGAACAAACGAGAUUGCUUCAUUUAUGCGGCCAACUUCCUGCGCUGUGUCUGCUUUUCUUCAUCAUCUCCUUUUUCAGAGUGUUUUUGUUCAUUAUUAUUUUUAACGAACACUAUCGUCUUAUUCACAAUAUGUUAAAUUUGACGCGCUUUCUUUUGAAAGGCUCUGCGUGGAUGUGUGGUUUGCUUUUACUAGUCAUGUAAGCAAAACGGAACAACACCAAAAAAAUUUAAAGUCGACAUUCUCGUAGACACGACACAAUAUUUACACCUAAGCGUUUGCGGUCACACGCCAGUGCGCAUGCGCAGGGGAGGACGGCGUUAGCUCGCCGCCUGGCAGCCACAGCCGUCCUGCCCGGGCUGCCUGCGAUGUAGUCGCGCGAGUGAGAGAAAACAACACGGGAGGGUGGACAUGGCCAAAAAGUGUCCUCGGCGCGGCGUGAAGACGAUUUCACUGGUGGGCAUGCUGGUGGAAAUAGGCCGGCCGUAAAGUGUCAAGUAUGUCCGGGACAGCCGACGGCGCAGAAGGAGCAGUGUCCAAAGUGCAAGUGAAGAGGGAGAUCAAGACCAUCGUGGACAAUUUGGAGACCAUCCUGGGUGACCUCAAGGAUGUGGCCAAGGAGCUCAAAGAGGUCGUCCACGAUAUCGAUACCUUGACGUGCGACCUGCAGCUGGAGGAGGACGGCCUGACGGAUAGCUCCAAGACAGACACGCUCAACUCCAGCUCCAGUUCCACCGCCACCACCACCACGGCGUCCAGCCUGGAGAAGAUGAAGCUCUUCGCCGACGACUGCCUCUUCAUCCCGCCGGCCCCCGUCGCCCCGCUCCUCGCCCUCCCUCCCGCGGUCCUGACCGUACACAAGAAGGCGCACCCGCCCUUGCCGCCACCCAGAGUUACCUCGGUGAGAGCCGAGGAUCACAACGGGAAGAAUCUGCCUCAUCCGACGUUAGUGCUAUCAGGGAAUUUAUCCAAAGCUAACGGAUCCUUACUGAAGAACGGUGGGUUUUUUUCGUUGAAGCCCAACCGGGAUUUAUUCUCCCCGACGUCGUGUUUCAUUACAAAUGAAAGCGGUGUCGCCGAGUCGGGCCUGGUUCCCACACUGCCCAGGCCCAUGCCACUUCUCCGACACGAAAAGAACAAAUGCCCCAAGGCCCCCGGCAGGGAGCCCCGCGAGAGGGAGCGUGUCCGCUUCAGCGAGAAGGUCCAGUAUCACGGCUACUGCCCGGACUGUGACCUGCAAUAUGACGUGGACGACGCAGAGCUGCACUUGCAGUCCGAUCUGAACGAAACGCGACUCAGCCCCGUGCACUACUGCUCCUCUUCCUCCCCUCCUCUUCCUCACGAACUCAUGCUGGAGAAUGGCGGCCUCUCGGUCAGCCACUGUUUUCCACCCAAGGCCGCCACUCCUCCCCCUCCGCCUUGUGUACCUCCCCACCCGGGUUCCCUGAAACCCCAGAAAACAAUCCUGCGCAAAUCGACCACAACCACGGUUUGACGAAAAGCCCCCCGUGACCCGUCUGACAUCCACAAUCCUCAAUCAUUCAUAGUGUUUUCCACUCAGUGAGCGCCUUCUACUCCGGUCCAAUUUUUUGGGGAUUAUUCAAACAGCGAGGCCCGGAAAAUGGUAGACAAAGGAGGUGAAAUAUAAGCGGAAUGGAGCAAGCGGCAUCGCCGUGGAUUCCGAGAUGUAUGCACACAGAUUUAGACCAAGAGGUCCCUCUUGAGACCCCACGGCUCCACCUGCGAAGCGAUGCUGGAGAGUGGAAGCCAAGCAUCUAUCUUAUUUUUGAUGGCUCUCUGCCAACAGGAGAUAAAUCCAGCCUUUGGAUUCUGAGCACCUGCUUGGGGGAAAAAAAAAUAGCAAACCUGAUGCAGCAACAGUGAAAUGAGGUUGGGGAGUUUUAGGCCCGGCCUCAGGCAAGUGAGCAACUGUACACAUCGCACCAUUUACUAUGAGAAGUCUUGCCUUUCGUUACCAUGGCGACCUGGGGCAGAAACUUGACGACAGCAUUGUCUUCUCGUCAGAGCAGAGCCCAGAUUGCAAAAGCAAAUUACUGAACGAUAAAAAUCAGAACCAAAUUGGGGUUCCACCGGUUUGUGUUUCUCUUUAGAGGUUCCACUGCAUUGUCUCAUCAUAAGAUCUGUUUCUCUGUCCAACAAAAGAAAUGAAAUAAUGAUAAUGUGAAAAGAUGAUCAAAAGUCCUUUUGGAUGAGGAUAAGGUGAGACUGCUGUAAAAGCACGAAAUACUGUUGUGUCAAUGAUCCAUUUAUUCUUCCACUCCCUUCCCCCACAACCGGGUUCAACAAGUUUCAAAGAAAAUUGGAAUGUCUCCUCAAAUGUCUGUUAUGUUGUUGCUGUACGUGUCUGCCUAUGGAUGGAAACGAGAUUAUACGAAGUAAAACACUUUGCACUUGA